GGCCUUCACGUUGGAUAUCGCCAUUAAUCAGACUGAAACAGCAGCUCUCGGCCAGGACACACGGGUUCAAGUCCCACUUCACCCAGAGAUGUAUCGUAAGAUAUCUGAAUUUGGGUGCUCGUCCUGGGAUCCCAAGCUCCAGUCGCUCGGCAUUUUUGGAAAAAACAGAGAAGAUGCACCUUGCCGAUUUCGACGGUCUCUAGUUUCCCUCCUUGCCGCGGCGGCUUGGGUGAGCGAGAUCCGGGCUGGGAGACCCUGGAAACAAGACGGGACAAGGUCGGGUAACUCUUGUGCACAAGACCCGGGAAUAAAGGCCUGUUGGUACAGACACCGCCACUCGAGUUUGCACUACAUCGAAUACAACCGGGUGAUUGGGUCCUGAUCAAGACCUGGAAAGAUACCAAACUGCACCCGAGCUAGGAGGGACCAUUCCUAACCCUCCUAACUAGUGAAACAGGUAUUUGGACCGCUGAGAAAGGGUGGAGUCAUCACACUCGCAUUUAAGGUCCUGUGAACGCCCCAUUGGCGGAGUGGCACGCUCAUCCUACAGACAACCCUCUGAAAGUUAAGCUGAGAAAGAAAGAAUGAACUGAGACAAAAGACUCUUUUAACAUUUGCUGAUAUAUAUAUAUAUAUAUAUAUAUAUAUACAUAUUGUUAUUGAUUGUAAGGGCUGUGUGGACUCGCCUCUCCCUGGCGCCUAAAAGAUUAAGACAGAUUGGCAGGACGGUAGACAGGGGUUGGAGAUGGGCGGGUACUAGUAUAGUAUUGUAACAUUAGUAGUACUAACUAUUCAAGGAGACAGGAAAAAUCACUUUACUACACUAUGCCAAAAUUAUGCUGAACAAGAGGGACUUACCAACUGUUGGGUCUGUGCAGAGGUCCCACACCAUGGCGAACCUGGGAUCCCCACCUUGGUAAUACUGCUCACCAAAAAGGAAGUGUACGAUGUACAACAAUUUGACUCAGGCUCAAAUGAUACAAAAUGGAAAUCUGACCGGGGUAAAUAUAACUUUGCGGGAUGGUUCCCUAGACGAGCCCCGAAAAACCCCAAGGAAUUAUCGGUGGCCUUAUAAUUUCCCCACUGAAAUGAGCAAUGAAUACCACCUGUUUUUGUAAUCAGAAUGACGCCGCACUCUUCCAAUUAGGAAAAUCAUCUUGUGUCUACACCAGCCAACCCACUGCCACGACCAUUCCCCGAAUAUUGAACGAAACAUAUUGGAUAUGCGGCCGGAAGGCCUAUCCAUUUAUUCCCUGGAAAAAUACGUUCGAGUGACCAAAUGUAUAGGAAUAAAUGCAUAUUUAGAUGUUGAUAAAUCACUGCCUCAAAGCCAGAAAGACUGGAGUGGCUGCUGUUACCUCGCUUAUAUAGUCUCUCACCUCUGAUUAGAAAAACAUGAACACAACCUGAGGAAGGAAGGGGGAAUAAGACGUAAGGCCCGAGAGGUCUCUGACCGUCUGUUGUGGACACUAUUCCAAACUACAGCGCUGCAAGAGAUACAUAAACUGGCGGCUGCCCUUGAGAAAUUAAUUAAUAAUACCGCAGACGUAAUGGGAGAAACUCAGUCCCAAAUAUCGGCCAUAGCCACCGAAAUGAUUGCCACAAGACUAACAGCCUUACAGAAUUGAAUGGCUCUAGACUAUCUCUUGGCCGAAAAAAAGGGGGAACCUGCGCGCUGAUUGGUAAGGAAUGCUGCACCUUCAACCCAGACGCCUCUUGCCUAGUGGAAGAUAAGGCAGAAAUAGUAAAGAAAAAGAUAAAGAAUAUAAAAGAAAUUGAGGAUAAACUUCAAAAAGAUGAGAAAUGGGGACUGACCGGUUGGGGAAAAUGGUUAGCUAAUUUAGGCAUUUAUGCAUUACUGAUAAUAGUAGGUUUAAUAAUAGGAUUUAAUGUGUUAAAGUGGAUAAUGAGUAAGUUGAUAAUGUUCUUAGGAGGACAACAAUCAAUGAUGGUCAUGACAAAAGUAAGCGUACAAGAAAGAGAGAGUAAUAGAUUAUUCCUAGAGAUUGAAAAAAAAGACAGACAUAGGAGAGCAGAAAUGGCAAGAUUG